CGUUGGUCGCCUAGGCCGGGCGUGAGCCGUGGAGUGAGGCGCUCGGCAGUGGUUGUCGCGAGCUGGGAAGCGGCAGCGGCCCGUGGGUGAGAGGGAGCCAUGAAGCACUAUGAGGUGGAGAUUCUGGAUGCCAAGACACGGGAGAAGCUGUGUUUCCUGGAUAAGGUGGAACCCAAUGCCACCAUUGCUGAGAUCAAGAACCUCUUCACAAAAUCACAUCCCCAGUGGUAUGCUGCCCGGCAGUCCCUCCGGCUGGAUCCUAAGGGCAAAUCCUUGAAGGAUGAGGACAUUCUGCAGAACCUGCCUGUGGGGACCACAGCCACACUUUACUUCCGGGAUCUGGGAGCCCAAAUCAGCUGGGUUACGGUAUUCCUGACAGAGUAUGCUGGCCCUCUCCUCAUUUACCUACUAUUCUACUUCCGGGUACCCUUUAUCUACGGUCACAAGUAUGACUUCACAUCUAGCCGGCACACUGUGGUUCAUCUUGCCUGUAUUUGUCACUCAUUCCACUACAUCAAGCGCUUACUGGAGACACUGUUUGUUCACCGUUUCUCUCAUGGGACAAUGCCCCUGCGUAACAUCUUCAAGAACUGUACCUACUACUGGGGCUUUGCUGCCUGGAUGGCCUAUUAUAUCAACCACCCUCUCUACACUCCCCCAACAUAUGGUGGUCAGCAGGUGAAACUAGCACUUGGCAUUUUUGUGCUCUGCCAGCUAGGUAACUUCUCCAUUCACAUCGCUUUGAGGAAUCUGCGCCCAGCAGGUUCCAAGACCCGGAAGAUACCUUAUCCAACCAAGAACCCUUUCACGUGGCUCUUCCUGCUGGUGUCAUGUCCCAAUUACACGUAUGAGGUGGGAUCCUGGAUUGGGUUUGCCAUCAUGACUCAGUGCCUCCCAGUGGCUCUCUUCUCCCUCGUGGGCUUCAUCCAAAUGACCAUCUGGGCCAAAGGGAAGCACCGCAGCUACCUGAAAGAGUUCCGGGAUUAUCCUCCACUACGCUCUCCCAUCAUCCCCUUCCUUCUCUAAACUGCCCUCUUGGAGUAGCCUCUCCCCUUUGGGAUUAGGGCAGCUUCUCAGCCUGAUUUUAUGCCCUGGGGUAGGGGCCAGGAUUUCCACCUCCCCCUCCCCUCCUCCCCCCAUCACUGACCUGGGGUCAGUUCAGCUAUUGCCUGGGCAGAGGGCUCGGCCCUCCUCUCUUUUUCUGACUCAAACAUAACAUGGGCACUGCAGGAGGGAUACCGGUUUUAGGUCUUGUUUUCUGGCUACAGGAAUAAAACACAUUCUAAUUCCAGGA